AUGCUCAUCUCACCACAAACUCUACCCCAAACCAUAUAUUUAUCGCCGUUUCUCUCCACACAUAACUGCACUCGCACUUUGAGACAUCCCCCCAAUCACCCUCUGCACUACGCCAUGUCUCUAAUACACUCCAAUGACUCGUCUUCCGUCUGGCUGGAGACGGUGUCGAGAACGGUCAAAUGCAUUGUGUCCGUCUACUUUCGCCACCACGAGGCGGUGGAGUUUGAUCACCCGCUCAAGUCCGAAGCCAGUGGGUUUGUAGUCGACAAGGAGCAGGGCAUCAUCGUCACCAACCGCCACGUGAUUGGGGCCGGCGUCUUUUCCGGCAAAAUCAAGUUCCACAACUUCGAGGAGUGCAAGGUCGACGUGCUCUACUGCGACCCCAUCCACGACUUUGGUUUUCUCAAAUUCAACCCCAGCGACAUCAAACAUGUCGCCAUUGGAGAAAUCAGCCUGCGACCCGAUCUCGCCAGGAUCGGCACAGAAAUUCGAAUUCUCGGAAACGACAGCGGACAGCAGCUGUCCAUUCUGUCUGGCUUCAUUUCCCGAGUCCAGCGAAACACACCCCACUAUGGAGACCACACCUACAACGACUUCAACACCUUUUACAUCCAGGCAGCAGCCAACGCCAAGGGCGGCUCUUCAGGCUCCCCUGUCAUCAACAUUGAUGGCCACGCUGUCGGGCUCCAAGCUGGAGGAAUGACCUACUCCACCACCGACUACUUUCUGCCUUUACAGCGAGUCAAGAGAGCUCUCGAUAUCGUGCGUCAGGGAGGUCUGGUCACCAGAGGAUGUCUGCAAACCAUCUGGGAGCACACAUCAUUCAACAUUUGCUCACAUUAUGGCCUGACAGAAGACCUCGAGGGCCGAAUUCGAAAGAAGUAUCCUGAUAAUGUCGGCAUGCUGGUUGCCAAGCAUGUGGUCAAGGACGGCAAGAGCGACAAGAAGAUUCAGGUUGGCGAUAUUCUUGUGUCUGUGGACGGAGAAGACAUCAUCGACUUCGCUGUGUUGGACAGUAUUCUCGACGAGUCUGUGGGCAAGUCUCAUUCCAUUGAAGUGUUCCGGGACUCGUCUCUUCUCAAGUUUGAUGUGGAAGUGGCAGAUCUGCAUGCUCUCUCUUGCACUGAGUUUGUCAAGUUCGGAGGCAUGACUUUCCAUAACAUGACUUAUCAGCUUGUCCGAUCUACCAACGAGCCCAUCGAUGGAGUUAUUGUCGCUUGUGGAGGCCCCACUGAUGUCAACUGUCGGUCCAAGCUGUACAAAAUCAACGGCAAGAAGAUUUCCAAUCUUACUGAACUGAAGGAGUUCUUCAAAAACGCUGUGCAUGGUAAGUCCUACGCGUUUGAGUUCCGAAUGAUCAAGACCACCACGACCAACAACCAGUCGGUGCGGUUCGAUCUGCAUUUCUACCCCGAUUUCGUCUGGGCCCGAAAGACUGGCAGUGUGUGGACUAUGGAGAAGCUCAUUGUUAACGGUAUCAAGAACACAACUAUUCUUCCGUCAGUUAUCAAGGGUACGAGCGUUUCUCAGAUCGAAGGAGUUCCCACCGAGGUGGAAGGGUCUGCUGCUGCUUCUGAGACCGUUCUCUCUUCCGAGGCAGCUGUCAAGGAGCCUGAGACUAAAAUUCCCACAGUUUUACUCUCCAGUAUUUCGGAUAUUACCGCUUUGUCCUUCGCUAACAUUCUGCAGUCGUUUGUGACCGUCACAGUGUCACGGCCGGUCAACUGUGACUCUGUGGAGGCUGUUGAGAGCGGACAUCACUCUGAUGAAGAGUACCAGAAGACGGGGUACAUCAUCGACAAGGAGCUAGGCAUCAUUCUCACCACCAAUGUCAUUUUCUCGCACUUUUCUACGCUGUACAUCACCUUCUUCGACCAGGUCCGUCUGCCUGUUUCCAUCAAGUACAUUGACUUGCAGCAGAACUUUGCUCUUCUUCAAUAUGAUCCCAGCAUGAUUUCUGCUCCUGUAACAGAACUCAAGCUGUCUUCCACUAAGAAGAAUAACUUUGCUAUUGGCGAAAAGGUGUACUCGUUCCAGCCUGACCCCAGCAAGGCUGUGUGCUCUCGCAUGGAGAACUCGAUUCUAAACACCCGGUUCUCCACCGACGUUGGAGAAGGAGCUGACACUCUGCUUGUGGAGCGGGAGCUGGAGAAGUAUAUGGCCUAUGGUAUCAUCACCAGUCCCGAGACUGACGAGGUGAUUGCUAUGGCCGGAAGUCCCAACGGCUGGAGAUCUCGAAUUCGAGGUGUCUACGAGGUGCAUCGAGUCCUGGAGAAGAUUCGAAACAAGGAGCCCCUUCCUGAGAAACGGUUUAUUAACGUCUACUUCACCAAGACUACCCUCUUGCAUGCCCGGGACAAUGGUCUUUCCGAGGAACGGGUUUUGGAGUGCACGAGUGACGAAGGCAGCGGCAGUGGAGGGGUCUACUCUACGGUGUUUGCUUCUGCUGAUACUCCUUUCAAGAGUGGAGAUAUUCUGCUCAAGAUUGAGGGCAAAAACAUCAAGGAGGACGACUUUGUGGUGUUUUCUACCCUCGAGGAGUUUGAGGUGUUGAUUCUGCGUGACCACAAGGAGCUGACUCUCAAGGUGAAGACGUCUCCUGCGAGUGAACUUCUUACUUCUCGGCUCUUCCUCUGGUGCGACAACGUCUUCCAGAAGCCGUGGAUUGAUGUUCGGCAGACCCAUGCCACUGAAUGGCCCUCGGAGAUGGUCAUCUUUCCCGAUUCGGCUCAACUGAGUGAUUUGGAGCAGGACAAUCUAUGUUUUGUGACCCAUGUCAACUCAAAGCCAGUCAAGACUAUGGAUGAUCUUCAGAAGAUUCUUCUGGACAUCCCCAACGGCACAUACGCCACGCUGGUUCUUGAAGACGACACUUCGGGGCCUCGGACAACUUCCAUUUAUUGCAAUUACGACACCAAUCCUCUGGUUGAGUAUGUGCGGGAAGGUCGUCAUUGGACUCGAACUGAGUAUGGUGUUGCAGAGACGCGGGUAAUUGAGUGGGACGAGUGGACUCCUGGGUCUGGCAAGUCUUCGUUGUGA